AUGACAAAGCUCAUCUUUUUACUCGUCACACAAAUCGUCUUCCUCGUCGCCCCCCUUGUUUCUACCGGAGACGGUGGUGACUUCGCAAGAACCAUGAACCAAAAACAUCUCGGUCUCAAAAAGGAGAAACUCACCCAUCUCCGGUUCUAUUGGCAAGACUCCUUAAAAGGUCGAAACCCUAGCUCCGUCAUGAUCCAGCAGCCGGUCUCUAACACCUCCUUGUUCGGAUCGAUCACCAUGAUGGACGAUGCACUAACAUUGGACGUGUCGAGAAAUUCGACUGUGAUGGGCCAGGCCCAAGGGAUUUAUGCUGGAGCGGCCCAAGGACAGCUUAGCUUCUUGAUGUUGAUGAAUUUUGCUUUCAAGACCGGCAAGUACAAUGGGAGUACGAUCGCGGUUCUUGGUAGGAACACGGUGUUAUCCAAGGUUAGGGAAAUGCCAGUGGUCGGGGGAAGUGGAGUCUUCCGGUUCGCUAGAGGUUAUGUCCAGGCUCGGACCAUGUCGUUUGAUUUCAAGUCCGGUGAUGCCACAGUUGAGUACAACUGUUACGUCCUGCACUACUGA